UCGCCCCCCCCCGGUGUGUUUCAGGCCCGAGAGGAGUACGACGAUGCCGUGAGCUCCGGGCAGCAGGCCUUCCUCCUGGAGGAGAGCGACGAGAGCCCCGACGUCUUCCGGCUCAGCGUGGGCAGCCUGCCCCCGGGCCAGAGCGCCUCCGUCAGCCUGUCCUACGUCACGGAGCUGCCCCUGCAGGAGGACGGGGCUCUGCGCUUCUGUCUGCCCGGGGUGCUCAACCCCCGCUACACCCCCGCAGGCGGCGAGAGCGUGACGGCCGAGGCGCCAGGCGUCCCGGGGGGCGCUGUGCCCUACACCCUGGCGCUCGGCGCCCACAUCUCCUCCCCCAGCAGCAUCGACAGGGUGCAGUCCAACUGCCCCCUCAGCCCGCUGGAGUAUCUCGCUGAGGAUAAAUCGCAGGCCAAGGUACGUGUUGCUCAGCACAGAGACGCAGUCCAGCCAGCGGUCCACCUGCAGGAAGCGUUACCGCCGUCCGGCGUCAGGCCCGGUGCGUUAACGUCAUCCUCUCCUGCAGGCUCGUUGAUGGGAGACGCGGCGGUGAUGCUCAGCUUGUACCCCGAGUUCCCCGGGGCGGUGUCCUCGGCCCUGUCUUCCUUUGGCGAGUUCAUUUUCCUGGUGGACCGCUCGGGCAGCAUGGGCUGCGAGAUGAGCAGCCAGGGCGGAGGACAGCAGCGCAUCGAGAGUGCCAGGGAUACUCUGCUGCUCCUGCUGAAGAGCCUCCCCCUGGGCUGUUACUUCAAUAUUUAUGGCUUUGGGUCAACUCACGAGUCCUUCUUCCCGGAGAGUGUGGAGUACAGCCAGGACACCAUGGACAAGGCCUUGGCGAAGGUGAAGACGAUGGAGGCUGAUCUCGGAGGGACGGAGAUUCUUCAGCCUCUGACCGAGAUCUACAACAAGCCCUGCCUGCCUGCCCACCCUCGCCAGCUCUUUGUGUUCACGGAUGGAGAAGUAGGGAACACCAAACAAGUGACAGACCUUGUGAAGACUAAUAGUCUCUCACACAGGUGCUUCACCUUUGGGAUUGGAGAGGGAGCCUCCAGUGCCCUGAUCAGAGGAAUGGCCACGGAAGGGUCCGGUCACUUCCAGUUCAUCACCGGAACCGAGCGCCUGCAGCCCAAGGUGAUGCAGUCUCUGCGGUUCGCUCUUCAGCCUGCAGUCCGGGAGAUUUCUGUGCGCUGGGACGUCCCGUCUGGGCUGGAGGUGUCUUCCUUGUCACCUCCCCUGAAAGCGUUGUUCCAGGGGCAGAGAGCACUGCUGUACGCCCAGCUUAAAGGACAGUGUGAUCACAGCGCAGAAGGCUCAGUGCUGCUGGAGUACAAGCUGGGAGACGAGCCCUACAAGAGCAAACUGAGCUUCAGCCUGAAGCCUGACAAGGAGAAUGGGCUGACGAUCCACAGGCUCGGGGCACGCUCGCUCCUCCGCUCCCUGGAGAGGGAGGAGCGGGAGCAGGAGGGCGAGGAGGAGAAGAAGGCGGUGAGGAAGAGGGCGACGGAGCUGAGCACUCAGUCCGGAGUGGUGUGCUCUCACACCGCCUUCAUUGGCGUGAACAAGGAGAACAAGCAGCCCGUCCAGGGUCCUGUUCUGCGCAGGAACAUCCCUCGUUUCCAGUACCGGUGUAUGCCGAUGGCCUUCUGUCUGGCUGGAGCCCGUCCAACUCGCAUGUGCGCUGCAGCCAUGCCAAUGCCGAAAAUAUUUGAUAAUUCAAUGCAGUGCGACGGCAUAUUGGCUCCUUCCAUUCAUGCAGAAUCGGAGGAUUGUGACAUCCAAACAGCCCCCGAGCCGGAGGAGGACCCCCUGCUGAAGCUCAUCUCCCUGCAGAAGGCGAACGGCUCCUGGGAUCUGGACGAGGCUCUGCUGGCGGUUUUGGGGAAGACGGAGCAGGAGGUGGCCAGCAAAAUGCCCGGAGAGGGCCUGGACAAGACCGCGUGGGCCACUCUGCUGGCUCUGCUCUGGCUGCACGGCUUCAAACUGGACUCCAGGGAUGAGUGGCAGUUCGUGGCCCUGAAAGCCGUGUCCUGGAUCAAAGCCCAGCCAGGACUCGACGUGGCUCAGUGCGUUCAGGCUGGAGCCACCCUGCUGGGCUGCCAGGUGGAUCCUCAGAGCCUGGGAAUGUGAGCGGCGACCCUGGAAACCCUCCCUCAUCCAGAGUCUCUCCGGUGGGGUGGGGGGGAGACACCCCCUCCCUCUCUCCGUGCCUGCCUUAACCUCUCAGGGGAACAGACUGGAGCUGCUCUGAUUCCUCUGCAGACGGCUGGAGAAUACUGCCCUGGGUGUGCAGGGCAGUACGAAACUGUCAUCGCCGCUUGCUGGUGUGUUUUCUGCUGUGUGUGACCUGUGAUGGGAAUCUAUGAUCUUUAGGAAUAUAUCAUGUAGCAUUGAAUUCAGAGUAUGUACCCCAGUGCUGUCCGAAUCAAGUGGCUUUCCUUGACGGGCGUUGUAUCCAAUAAAGCUUGUGGGGUUGUGAAAAUA